AUGGAGUCUCCAGUACCGAUCCACGUUAUCGAGUCGGACUACUCCGACCAGUAUCAGGAAGCGAUGCUCACAAACUACGAGGAUCCACCUGAGGUAUGGGAGAAAGUUUUGGGGGAGACAUUGUCGUUCAACGGCGGCCUGUUCUCCCAAAAAGAGCUCGCUGCCGGUCCCCAGCCUGGACCCGUUGGUGCCUCUGAGUUCCGGGGCAUCAAUCGGCAGCUCGAACUGGCUGGGCUACUGGAUUCAUCAGGCGUAGUGCAGACGCAAGCGCGACCACUGCAGCGAAUCAUGGAUUUGGGCUGUGGCUGGGGAGUGCUCACACAGCAUCUGGCCAAGACGUUCCCCGACUGCCCGCGCAUCGACGCUGCCAACCUCAGCGUGCCGCAGCUGCAGUAUUGCGCAGACAAGCUGCCACCGGACCUUCAGCACAGGGUGAAUCUAUACCGAUGCAACGUGCAAAACGUGGACGAGCUGCCUGACCUUGCAGUGCCUUAUGACUUUGUGUUUGUCCGCGGCGUGUGGUUCCAUUGCUUGCCCGCUGUCUUUGAGGCGUCUGUGGCACGAGUGGCACAGCGGAUGGCCCCGGGUGGGAUACUGUUGCUGUCAGAUCCUCUAUACGCAGAGCAGCCGGGCUCGUCCUCCUCUUCGCCAGACAAGACUCCCGAAGCAACCGACGGCGUAGGCACAGAGGACCACAAGACACCGGCGUACUACACGUCUGUCCUACGCAAGAAUGGCUUUCAGAUAAGAGACAUGCGGGUGCUGCCUUCCAACGCCGAGCUUGUCCACUGGUUCCUCACGUUGAAGCUCAAUAUCCAGAAGAACUUUCCAGAGUACCCAAACGGAGUUUCGGAAGCGGUCAGGGAUUUGCACGACUUUGCGGAGAGCUUCACGAAUAAAGUCACUGCGGGUCAGGUUUCGAUGUAUAGCGUCGUAGCCCGAAGGGUUGAGGCCUGA